UAUUUUUAUUUGCUCUGGGUUAGCUAUUGGCCGCUAUCUCGCCUGGCAGUAAGCGAUGAUGGGACCUACGACGGAGCACGACUACCCAUAAGCAACCUAUUUACUCGGGCCUUGAGGACAACCCAAUUAAAGCCUUCGGGAAAUACAGACUCCGGUGAACAAUUAACUAAAAUACACUUGAAACAACAUUUAUAUUUAGGUUAUAUACUUUACAAUUUGAUAAUAUUCACGUAAACAAGCUACUGGUGAUUACACAACGCGAUUGAGCUGAUCACAUCAAUGACUCCUCUCAGUCCUUGUGCAGGAACUUGUUGAAUGCUCCGUAUGAAGUCUCCAGGUCGAAGAGUAGCUGCCGCACCUGACUCUCCGACAGCUCAUCCGAUGCUGACAUCUCGGACAGCUUGUCCACCCACUCUUGUACCUUGAUCUUCCCCUCGAAGUCCUCAGGCAGCAUGAUGAGUCGGUCCAUGGUAUCGCGGAGGUCACGCAGCUCUGGCUGGAUCAUGUCCAUAGCGCGGAACUCCAGGCGGAGUUUGUCCAUCAGGGUUAUGAAUAACGAGACAAUUUCAGCAAUGUAUUUGUUGGUGUUUCCUUUGUCAUCUUUGAUGAGGUUAGGUUUGUUUUCCCUUAUCCUCUCCAGAGCAGCUGGGCAGUCCAAUCUGUACUUGGCAACAAAAGCUUCAAUGUUGGGGAACUCAUCAGCCUGUACUUGUUUGAAAGCUACACGGUACUGCACCAGUAGUCGGCUGCAAGCUGCUGUGUACUCCUGUGCUCGUACACAGUCCCUCAUGUACGCCUUCUCAAGAUGCUGCAGUGUGCUGACCACUGCAUACAGCUCUGCCAUAUUGUCAUGCUUUUCACGUUCCCUGGCAUUUCUAUAAAGCUUUACUUCCUCGUAUAAUUCUGGUCUUGUGUCCUGCAUUUUUAUAUCUUUCUUGUAAACAAAUUAUUAGUUCACUUAAAUCGUAGAAUCACUACGGCAAAUCAAAGUUUUGAUAAAAUAUUGUCGAAUUAUAUUUUUAUUCGAUUAUAAACAGAGAUGAUGACAAAUGCCUUACUAUCUUAUC